AUGGCCACUCCUAUUUGUCUUUACCUGGCCCAUAGCCACCUUUGGUCAUACCCUAAUGUCAGCCUUUACAUGAUGGCAGAACCACUUCAGCAUAAUGAAGUUGCAGAUGCAGAUUUAAGCAACAGGGUCACAGGAAGUUCUAUGGAAGACAAAACUGGUAGAGAGAACUGCAUAGCUGCAGCUGAUAAAGAAAAUACUGUGUCACAUUCUAAUUGGAUUAAUGGGAAACCAAAGAAAUUGCAAUAUUCCUCUAAGAGUGCUUUUUCUAUUUGCUAUGAUAAGAGUUUCUUGAGUUUGUUAGUACCACCCCCUAAGGGGGGCACUUGCCAUCGUUGUGGUCUGUUUGGAAAGCUCAGAUGUUCACAGUGUCUGCAAACAUACUAUUGCUCUGUAGAUUGUCAGAAAAAAGAUUGGCCAGCACAUAGAGUAGUUUGUGAUCCCAUUAAACAGAAUUUAAAUAAUAGCAAAACCAAGACGGGAGUUUAUCUUAAGGAGGAAGUGAGGUUGAGUUUUGCUGUAGAUGUUGUUCUUCCAGAUUCUGAAGACUGCCAAAAUAAAAUUCCCUUAGAAAUGAAGUCUCAUUUAACUUCAGGAAUAGAUGCCAAAGGAGACUCUCCAAGAGUAUCUGAAAACCAUUCCAAGGGAAGUGAAAAAAAAAUACCUGAAGACUUUACUCACUGUACUAAUUCAGUUGCCAAGUUUGUCUCUUUAAGUAUCGGAGAUGAAUUUUCUGGUGUGGUUUCCCACAUUCAAAAUCCAGACACCUUUUUUUGUCAGCGGAUGCAAAGUGCCUGUCAGCUUGCUGAGCUUGAAGCUUCUCUUAAUGAAUACUGUGACAAAUUUCCCAGUAGUCCAUCUUUCCGUCCUGCUGCUGGCAAUGUGUGCUGUGCCCAGUUCACAGAAGACAACCUUUGGUAUCGUGCUGCUAUUACAGCUUAUGUUUCUGAAGACACUGUUUGGGUGGACUAUAUGGAUUAUGGUAAUUCUGACUCUCUUCCACUGACCAGACUUCGUCCUAUAAUUCCAAGAUUAAUGGACUUGCCAGCCCAAGCCAUAAGAUGUAGCCUGGCAGGUGUAAAGCCACCAUUAGGAACAUGGACCUCAGAAGGUAUUUCUUGCAUGAAAAAACUGGUGAAAGACAAAGUGUUGACAGUAAAAGUAGUGGAUAAAAAGAAUUCUAGAACUGUGGUGCAGCUUACAGAUGCAUCAGGUACUCCAGCAGUAAAUAUAUCGAGCCGUCUCAUCGAGGAAGGUUUUGCAGCUGAGAAGCUGAUCAUGGCCUUACCAGCAGCCAGAGGAAGUGAUGUUGAGCAGGCCAAUGAGGACACAACGAACAAAAGAAUGUGCAAGUGGAUUAAAUUAACUCUUAACCAAACACUCAGUGUCAUAGUAUGUACAGUGUACAAUCCUGGAGAAUUCUACUGUCAGAUUUCAAACAGCCAUGAGUUACUUGCUCUGAACUCACUUAACAAAUCAUUGUCUGAGCACUGUCAGAAAACACCACCAGAUGUUUUUGAGCCUAAGAAUGGAGACCCUUGCUGUGCUUUUUACUCUGAGGAUGGUAACUGGUACCGUGCUGUGGUGCAAAAUGUCACUUCAGAUGGAAUUGUUCGAGUGAGCUUUGUGGACUAUGGAAAUACUGAGGAAGUACCACUGGAUAAUAUCAGACAGAUCUCCUCCUCAUUCCUAAAACUUCCAUUUCAAGCAAUUAAAUGCUGGCUCUCAGGUAUAAAGCCUGGAAAUAGCAAAUGGAGUCCAGAAGCUACAAAAAGAUUUCAUAUGUAUGCUUCAGGCUUAGAGCUUCAAGCCACAGUAACUUCCCUUUCUGAAGAUGGGGCAGGUGUGGUGCUUAUUGACAAUUCCACAGAUUGUCCAAAAAUGAUCAAUGAGAUACUAACUUCAGAAAAACUGGUUGUAAAGGUUGUAAAGGAAGUUCUACAAGAUAACAAUAACUUUCCAAAGUCUGUUGACCAAAAAGCAACCUCACUUGGGCACUGGAAGUCAAUUGAAUUGGCUGUAGAUGAAACCAUGUCUGUCUGGGUAACAGAAGUUGUAAGCCCAGACUUGUUCUAUGCUGUACCAGUUCCAAAUAAGGGGCAAAAGCAGCUCCUGAAGGAGCUGAUUUCACUGGAAGACUAUUGUAGAUCUUGUAACAAACAGCCCUUCCAACCAAAGCUGGGUGAAGCCUGUUGUGCUCAGUUUUCAGGUAAUGGCAAUUGGUACAGAGCUAUUGUUCUGGAAGCUUCCCAGUCUUCAGUGAAAGUACUCUAUGGAGACUAUGGCAGCACAGAAACUUUACCCCUUUCAAAGGUGCUGCCAAUCACCGAUUCCUAUUUAAAGCUGCCUUUUCAGACAAUUACAUGUUCACUUGCAGGAAUAGAGAAAGCUGAGUGGUCUCCAUUAGUGCUUGACACUGUGAAAAAAUUAUUAUUGAAGCAACACGUCACAAUUACAGUGAAAGGGAUUAAUGGAAAUGUUAAUUUAGUAACAGUGGAGAAACACUUUGAUAAUGGUUAUGUAAAUGUAGCUGACAAACUGCUGAAGGAGGGUUUGGUCACAUCCUGCAGUGCUGAAAACUCUCAUGGUGAACAUCAAGGUAAUGGAGGUGAGACCAGCUGCUGCUGCAUGGAAUUAAAAGUGCAAGUAAGAUUCACUCCAAGCAAUGCAUUCUUUUUUAUGUUUCCAGAAUUCAAAAGAAACCCUGGGUAG